CUCCAUGCGUGUAAAGAAAUGACUUCUCUCACUUAGAGAACCUGUAUACAAUGGAAAAACUCCGCUCCCAUGGCCUCCAAAUCCUCUCCACCAUCCACGCCAACCUCUCGCCACAAGAAACGUUAUCACGUGAUACCACCCCCUUUUCGGAUGAACUCCUGGAGCUUCCUCCGCUCCUCCUUGCCUUGCUAAGGCGCCAAACUGCUCUUCUCCUCAAGCCGGUGGGAAGUUAUAAUGAUGCUCUGCUCCUGAAGCGACUGGCGGACCUUGAGCGGACUGCGAGGGGGAAGCUAUAUGUGUAUCCCUUCCAUCAGGUCCCGGUGGCGUGGAGGAGACUGGUAUGUGAGGUUGGGAUUGUGAGAGCUGUGGUGGCUAUUCUUGGGAUAUAUGGUGGGGAGGUGGGUUGGGUAGAUGAGGUGGUUAAGACGCUGGAUAUGGUGCUUAUUAUGAGUGGUGCGCCGGGAGAAGGGAGGAGGGAAUGGAUUGAGAAGACGUUUGAAAUUUUGGAAGAGGUCAUUGCGGAGCGGAAUGAGUUGGGACAUUCUGGGAGAGAGUUUUCGGGGGGGGGAGGGAGAAAGGAGGCCCACGAAACGGACUCCCCUGAACCACCACCCAAACGUUUGAGAAUCGCCAAUGAAACCUCGGCGCCAGGAGAUGUGAUAGAUCGUUUCCCGUCUUCGUCCUCUUUCACGCCGCCUGUUUCGCACCCAAUUCCCCGAAUGGAAGUGCCAGACACGUACGUCUUGGGGGCGCUCCUGUCUAAUCCAGCUGAUGCCGACGUGGGCCCCAUCCCCGUGGUAUUUACGGGAGGUAUGGGUCACUGGCCAGCGAUGAGCGAGCGGCCCUGGUCAAGUCCGCAGUAUUUGCUGAAGAGAACACUGGGAGGACGGAGACUUGUGCCGGUGGAGGUCGGGAGGAGCUAUGUUGAUGGCGGAUGGGGACAGCGGAUUAUACCAUUUAAGGAGUUCCUGGAGGAAUUCGUGAUGCGACCUUCGACUGUUGGACGAGAAGAAAGGUCUGAGAAGGAAGAUGGCGCAGAUCAAGAAGAAGACGAAAGGCGGAAAACAGGCUACCUAGCCCAACACAACCUCUUUUCCCAAAUCCCUUCCUUACGCUCCGACAUCCUCAUUCCUGACGUCUGCUGGCUCGAUCCUCCACCUCCUCACUCCUCCUCGCCGAUGGCAGCCGUGCAUGCUGCGACCGCAAAACUGGACGAGCCGUUGUUGAACGCUUGGUUUGGGCCUGCAGGAACAAUUAGCCCACUGCAUGUUGAUCCGUAUCAUAAUAUCCUGGCGCAGGUGGUUGGGAGGAAGUAUGUGAGGCUUUAUGGGCCGAGGGAGACAGCCGGAUUGUCGCCAAGAGGGGAGGAAGGGGGAGUAGAUAUGGGGAAUACGAGUUUGGUUGAUGUCGGGGCGUGGGAGGGGUGGGAUGAAGUGCCGGAGGAGGAAGAGGAGGACGAGGAGAUGGAAACGGAAACGCCGAGUAGAGAGGUGAAGAGGGACAGGUAUAGAGAGAGGUUUAAGGCAUUUGGGGAGGCGAGAUAUGUGGAUGUGAUUCUGGAGGAGGGCGAGUUCUUGUAUAUACCCGUGGGCUGGUGGCACUAUGUGAGGAGCUUGAGUGUUAGCCUCAGCGUGAGCUUCUGGUGGAAUUGAACAGACGAAUACAAUCAGUUAUAAAUCAGUUAUUCUGUUGGGG